UCGUUGUUCACGCGUUUUCUCAUUCGUUUCUUCGUGUUCAAUAAAAAAUCCCGAAUUUGUACAAUUUAAUAUUGAACUUCUUUUAAAGUCAUACGUUAAAUGCUUCUUUCAUAAAUAAAAAGAAAAUUUAUAAGCGGUCAGUAUUGAAUUCAGUAAAUUAAGCAAUUUUUUUUUUUAUAUUUCUGAGUGAUACAUCGUUGAGAGUAAAGUUGUCAAAAAACGAAAAGAAAAAAAUAUUGCGAAAGCAAACGAUGAAAAUGUGUUUUGCUUUGUAAGUGCAAGUGAAAUAGAUUUAUUGUAUGCGACGGUAAAGCAAUAGAAACUGGUCGCAAGUACCAGCGACUCUCGAGGCCAACGAGUUGAUAUAUGCCAUUUUUGAGGAACAGAAAAUUUUAUAAUAAUAUACGAAAUAAAAUAGACUGUAAUUUUUCAACAAGAAAUAUAAACAUUCGUAUUUGAUUUAACACAGUUGUAUGGACAUACAUCGAAGUGUAACAAAAGCAAUCUUCAACGAAAAAAAAAAUCCUACAAGGGACGCCAAGCUCUAGGGGGUGCAGUGUACAUGUAUACGACGAGAAUUGCCUUACUGCUAUUUGUAGUUGUGUAUGGGAAUUAGGAAUAUUGCUUGUGUUAAAUAACAACACAAGCUGGUUUUUAUUACACGAACAACAAUCCACGUUGAAACCUUAGAAAAUGUCGGAACAUGCUUCACAUGGUGAAUCAAUUCACGACGAUGAAGCUAUUGAAAACACUAAUAUGGAUGAUUCCACCAAUACCAACGAUAAUUCCAUUAUCGGUAAAGUGAAAUCAAGGGUCUCGAGCAUUUUGCCUGAUCGAAUUUCGAAAUGGUUUUCAAAUUCAACAAAAACCCGAAACGAUUCUUCGCUUAAUGGGGGCCUAAUUACGAACGUUGCUGUGAAAAGACGCCGCCGUUGCUCAGAAGUUGACGAUGAAGAUGCCAACGAAGACACAAAUGAUGACCUGCAAUCUAAAUAUGAAGAAUUUGAUGAAAACACCCGAUUUCACAGACAAGAGGAAAAUUCGGAAGAAGACGACGAGGAAGAGGACGACGAGGAUGAAGAGUCGCACAACAGUGAAGAAGAGGUCCAUAGCGGUGUACCAGGAAGGCGAAAUUUGAAUUCCUUCCCUCCUGCAAAACGUUCUCGUUUACAUAUAAAUAGCCCUUGCACCCGCAGUAGUCCUUUAAUUGGGCACUAUCAAUCCCUCCUUGCUUCAACUCCUGCUAUCAGUAGUAGCAAUAGUCGCAGUAGUAAUAUUGGCGUGGUGCCACGUUCAUCUUAUCAACGUUACGGUCAUUUAAAUUUAUAUGGUCACCAGAGCAGAAAGGAACCUCCUUAUGAUUUUAACACCUCGAACUCUAAUUUAAAAACUGAUAUCAUUGACUUAAUAUCUAAUCCAACUGAUUUAGAGAAAGAAUUAUCUUCUGUAAAAAGUGGCGCUUUAAAUAGUUCGCGAAUAAGUUCGCGUAGAACCUUGAAUUUACCACCAACUUCCUCAAAUGCUACAAGUGAGCACUAUUUUGCUACAACCUCUCAUCUCAAGCGUCAACCGUUGUCAAGUGUUAAACAAGAUUUUUCGGCAGAUAUAGAACCUGGAAUAAUCAGACGUUCUUCGACCACAAUCCACGAAACUGUCAAGACGGUCAAAACUCAGGAGCAAGUUGAAGAUAUUAAUCAAUCAAGGAAAUAUAACGGACGUUCAGAAGAGGAAGAAGAUGAUGUGGAAAUAAGUCAAGUUGGUAUGAAAAGACGAAAACUUAUAAACGGUUCGCGUAGAGAUGCAAACCAAAUCAUGGCAAGUAACGAUACCGGUUCAGAAAGCGGCGAAAGUGGGAUUGUAGAUACAAACAGACAUACAACAGUGGACAAUGGCGAAAGAGAAACUGAGAACACAUGUCAGCAGCGGAAGGCGGAUUUAUAUAACAUGACCCCAGUUAGUGACAGUCGGCAAGGUAGUCGAGCUUCAUCUUUUGGGAAUGGUCUGAACUUCUAUUCCCACUUGGAAGGACGCAAAUCACUGUUUGCUGAACCUAAUACUCACACUCCUGUAUCUGGCAAUAUGCUUAAUACUUCUACUCUGUCACUGAAUUCCUUGAAUCGCCGCCAGUUUAAUGCUUCGAUCUACGGCAGUACGUCAGCUUUAAGCGACAGCCGUUUACUGAAUACUUUUUCACCUUUUUAUACAGGAAAAACUACAUAUGGUGGCGCAGCGGCUUAUCACAAGAAUUACGCUAGUACCGGUGCUGGUGCAGUACGCAUAGCCCCCACAUUGAUACGUCCCAAUUCAAGUCUAUCAAAUUUGUCGUCGUCUAACAACUCUUUAUCUGCCACUGGUUAUCCAGGUGAAAAUUCAACUGUAUCAAGUACGGCCAAACGAAUACUUGAUUUGAUUAAUGAUUUCAGUACGCCGUUAGGUGAAGCUAAGAAAAUAGCGAAUAGCUUCAGAGCAAAUAUGCCUCAGCUUGCGGGUAGACUUAAUGAGAAUGAAUUAAACGCCUCACGUGCCAUACGCUUGUCUCAUGUGCGCGCACCUUAUGCGAAACCGACCACCGCGGUAUUGUUGCAACCCUCUGCAAGUGUAAAUGCUCGUUCAUCUGGAUCUCUGCCUCCCAUAAAAGAAUUACAGGUGCCUUCAAUGUCACAGUUACUGCAAAUGAAAAAGAUGCAAAAUACAACCGAAAAAGUUCGUCAGAUCACUAAACAUAAUAUGAGCUCAACCACGACAUCACCAGUCACAUCCGAAUAUGCUUCACCCACGAAUGAAGAAUUAAGGAGAAAAAACAGCAAAAUAGUUGAGCAACAGAAACAUACCAAUAAAAUUAGAAACAAAAUCAGCAGCUCUGCUCGUGGUGCAAACUCUUCCAAUGAUUUAGUUGCUGAAGCUCCUCCGCUGCCGGUGAAUUUACCAAACAUUGCUUUUCCAAUAAUGAAGGCUGUGCCCCAAUUCGAUAUACAGUUAGCAGUGCAACCUUCGUCUGCGCCCUCAGUCAUUUCAAGUAAUGCAACAAAGCAGCAAGCACCUACCACACCAACUGGCCUUGCCCAAAAUGAACAAUCAGUCAACACAUUAAUAAUUCCAACAGUUUCAGAGUCAAGAUUAAAAACCUCCGCUUCGAAAUAUGGAACUAACUUUAUAUUUUCGUCUCCAACAACAAUUAAGGGUAUCUCCACGCCGUAUGCUCAAAAUAUGAAAUCACAAAACGCGAAACACUAUAAAUUCAGUUUACCUAUAUAUUUGCAAGAAACUAGCAAAUCCAUAAAUUGCUCAGGUAGUUUAGACAACAAAAUUGGAACUCAACUAAAAUGUGGAAGCGUUUUAGAAGCCCUAACUGAAGAACCAUUGAUUUCGGCCAAUACAAAAGAACAGACUUCCGAAAGUACCCCUGGGAGUACUUUUAAGUCAUUCGAUUUUCAGUUAAAAAAAACCGACGAUGAAUGGGAAUGCAGCGUGUGCAUGGUACGCAACAAGUCAGAAGCUGUGAAGUGUGUGGCCUGUGAAAUUACCAAAAAAGUUGAAAAGCAGCAAACAUCUCCGAAUGAUAAUGUCAAUUUGUCAUUGGCUUCUUCUAGUUUUGGCAGUCAAUUUAAGAAGAAUGCAGAUGAAUGGGAAUGUGAAGUGUGCUUGAUUCGAAAUAAACAAGAAUCGAACAAAUGUAUUGCAUGCGAAACUAGUAGGAAAGGCUCUUCGUCGAUAUUGGUUGCUGAUAAAGGAUUUGGCGAUUUGUUUAAGCUUAAAUCAAACGUUUGGGAAUGUAGCAAAUGCUUGGUGACAAAUAAUAUUGAGGCCAAUUAUUGUAUAGCAUGUCAUAAUAAAAAACCCGGAAAAAAUGAUGACGUUAUCAUUAGUAGUGGGCCUAUUGCACCAGCCAGUAGUUUUAAAUUUGGGUUUGCAGCAGCAAAAUCAAUCGAUAUUAAUCGUACAACCACAAUCACCUCGAAUAUCACCACGCCUGUGGCACAAGAUUCUGGCUUUAAAUUGCUGGCAUCCCAACAGAGAGCAUCGAAAUGGGAAUGUGAGGCUUGUGCGACUAGAAAUGAUAUUAGUCGUAUUAAAUGUGUGUGUUGUGAACAGCCCAAACCUGGAUCAAAUUUUGCAGACACCUGUACUAACAAUGCCCAAAAAUUUACAUUUGGUGCUACCGCCGACAAGUGUACAUUUGACUUCCUAUCAGCAAGUAAUGUUUCAAAGAAUGGAACCGAAUCAAAGCAGACAACAGCAGCACUAAGUAAGACCGUUGGCCUGGGUGUAAAACCUGCUUUAACCAACACAGACUUGGAAACCGAAAUACCGGUUUCGACAGGCGAAGGAUUUAGUUUUGGUGCAACAUGCAGUGAAAACAGUAAUAAAGGUGCAUGUGAUGGUACAAAUAGAAUACAGCAAGGCAAUGUGCCCACGAGUACCACAACCGGAUUUACAUUUAAAAAAAACGAAGACACUAAUUCAUCCACAUCAGAUACAUCAACAACAGCAGCUAGUUCACAAAUUACUUCACCGGCAACUACCACAAGCUCUACGCCAAGUGUUAAAUUUCAUUUGGUAAAUUCGACGAAAACUGUGUCAAGUACUGAAAGUACCUUCUCCGGCAACACUGAAAAGACUUUACUAGAAACGGUACCGCCAAAUACUUUUAGUGGAUCUCUGUCCACAAUAACUUCUUUAAGCACAUCGGCUGUCGAUAAGACUCAACCAAAAUCAGACGAAAAGAAUCUAUCACCAAUCACAUCAACCACAAAUAAAAGCCCUCUUGGCUAUGGGUUCGGUAAUUUUGCUGCUACUGUUUUUGCAACGGCGUUACCUAGUUCAACAACAAACGUCACCACUGCUACAACAGCUGCAACGAAACCCAUGUUUAGCUUAGUUUCAUCAAAUGUUUCUUCAGCAGUUACGAGCAGCUGCAGUGGCUUCGGUGGUUUCAAUUUUAGUAGCUCAGUGCAGGCGAGCAAUGUAGGAAAACCACUUUUCGGAGCAGUCACCUCAACAUCUGCGGCAACUACAACCACUACUGCAGCUAGUAAAACAUUCACAACAACUACAGCUUCUACUACGAACAUUUUCGGAGUAUUUGGUUCCAAUGCCAUCGUAAGUUCCUCAACCAAUAGUAGCACUCAUAAUCCGAUAGCUAGCACAUCCCAAUUUGGUACGUUUAAUAAAAAUUCGGUUACCACUGGAAAUAUGUUCGGUUCUUUCGGUGACGAGCACAAAUCGUCGAAGUCGACAAAUGUGUUUAGCAAUGCAACGACUAGUAGCGGCUUUAGUUUUGGAACUUCAACAACAACAUCAGCAUCAACGUUAGGAACUUCUGCGUCGGCAACAAGUUCGAAUAGUAUGACUACCGUCGGUGCCACUCCGACGACCAGUGAUGGAACAUGGUCCAAUAAUUUUACACUAAAUACCAAGGAAACAAACAAACCACCAAUGUUUACUUUUGGACUUCCGAAUAAUGACAAAGCACCUACAACUUCAAUUUUUGGUGCAACGUCUAACACAGAAACCAAAGCCCCUACCUUUGGUGGGGUAAAUAGUUCGGCAGUCAAUUCGCCAAUUAACAUUUUCCCCACCAACCCAGCGCCGCCAUCAACGAAUAUAUUUAGGACUGCGCCCAGUGGAAGUGCUGCUACGCCAACACCCCCUUUUGGAACAUCUCCAUUCGGAGGCGCGGCUUCUUCUACAAAUGUAACGCCCACAUUUGGUAGCACUGCAGCUGCCAGUUCUACGACAACGUUCGGUGGCUUUGGAGCUACAACAGCACCGAUUGCUAAUACAGCUUUAGAAGCGAAGAAACCACCAUUCGCGUUUGUGGCUCCAGCUGCCCAAAGCUCAAGUGGCUCGUUUUCUUUUGGUUCCGCAGCUACCAACAUAGCAAAGCCUGCAUUCAACUUUGGAGCCACAGUUACACAACAACCAGCAUUUAAUUUUACCGGAUCUAAUGAGUCGUCUCAAAACUCGACGAAACCUUUUCAGUUUGGCGCUACACCGGCAGCUGCGGUUUUUAAUUUUACCGGUGGUUCAACUGAGAUUGCAUCAAGUGCACCUUUCCAGUUUAAUGCCGGCAGUUCAUCAGCUUCUAGCAAUAUAUUUGCCCCGACGCCAACAUCUGGUGCCCAAUCGGCACAGCAAGCGAGACGAAAAAUACGUACGCCAGCACGGCGCACGACACCGCGGUAGAGAUGUUAAAGAAAAAAACGCUCUUUUAGGCGUGGACCAGGAACAAUAGCAACAUAAACAACAGAAUAAUCUACAGACACGACUAGAAAGCGGACUAAUACAAAAAACAAUUAUUAAUAACUACGAGCACUUGGACGACAAUAACGAGCAAUUUCAAACAAAUAAAGACCGGACUAAAAUAAAUUAAAAAGGAUAAUAGCAAAUCGAUUCAAUAUAUUGUUACAAGUAUCGUGCAGUUGGACAAUGAAGAAUUAAUCAAGCUUUAUCCUUAUGGAAUGAUUACUUACUCGUCGACUUAGGAAUUUACCAAAACAAUAAACCUAGAACGAAACCACAAACAACAAAUGACGGAAAAUCAUAUGAAAAUUCAGAAAAUUUUUUUAAGCAACGUAGCAUAAUUAAAAAUGGUAUAACUCCUAAGAAUCUACACUAUUUCAUCAGUAUCAAGAAAUUCCUCCUCCUUUUCCUUUCAAGUCUUUCAUCUCUUUUUCAUGUUCAAUGAACAACAAUUCUCAGAGAUUUAAAAUAAAAAUAAAAAAAACAAUUUUCCAUUUCUCUUGUUUCUGCAUGGUCAUGUGCACCCUUCGUCAAGCGCUUGUACGAGAUGUGAGUGAAACGGUUAUUUUGUUAUAUUUUGCAUUGAGCAAAACUUGAUUAUUUACUUAUUGUUGUGAAUUAAGGUUUCCUCCAUUUCGUUGGAAGCAUGAUCAAAAAAAAAAUUUUUUUUUUUGGAAUAAUUUUAACUUUUUUUUAAUGAAAUUUGAACAAAUGCUUUUCUUUCUGAAAACGCAUUCACCCGGCAUUUCGUACUGGCUUUUUGACAUCGAUCAGAAUAAAUAAAUAUGCCUGAUUCAUAAUAUUGCCUUUAAAUAUAAGUACGUUCAGUUUUUUUUCUCUUUAAUUUUCUUCUUCUUUUUUUUUUUUUUUUUUUUUUUUUUUUGUUAGUUAAAAAUACUUAUUAAAUGUGUCAUCUGAUUUGCUUUAUUUUUCUGUCAAUUUUUAUUAUGAUUCCCUUAAAAAAUAAUCUAAAAAUUAUGUAAAUGUAACACCAACUAAUGAUGAAAACACAUUUUGUUACAAUUAUUAUUAAAUUAAUAGUUUAUAGUUAACUUAGUAAACUUUUUCUUUUCUUCAAUUUUUUUUUUUUUUCUUGCAAACUUUAUAUUAUGAUCUGGAUUUAAAUACAUUAACGUACUAAAUACGUAAAAAAAAAACAUUAAGAAAGCAAGAAUACAGAAAUCCAGGAGAAAUA